ACGUCAACAACCGUGGCUUUCCGAAGACUCUACCCCGCCAUCAACACAGUGGCUCCCCACGAACGCCUGUCUGUGAUCUCCAGACACUUGGAUACUCGUCCAGCCAUUCCCCUCAAUACUCCAUACUCCGUCGCGUCUUCUACCUAUACCCGCCAAGAUAAACGUUUCAAUUCGACUUCUUCAACUACCGAAAAGCCCAAGAUGUCAAGUCAGGCAAACCACCCCGCAUUGCUCAUUCCGGGGCCCAUCGAAUUUGACGAUGCUGUGUUACAGUCUAUGAGCCACUACAGCGAGAGUCAUGUUGGAGCUCCCUUUGUUGCAACCUUCAGCGAGACUCUUUCCAUGCUAAGAAAGCUUUUCCAAACGACUGAUCCUACCUCCCAACCAUUCGUUAUCUCUGGCUCCGGAACGCUUGGGUGGGAUCUCGUUGCCGCCAAUUUGGCGGAGCCCGGUGAUGAUGUCUUAGAGAAGAAGUACAAGCUUUUGACGGUCACCCACGUCGAUACAUCUACGGGCGUGUUGAGCGAGCUUAAGGCACUUUCAGAAUUAGUGCACAGAGUUUCUCCUGAGACUUUGCUUAUUGUCGAUGGUGUAUGCAGCGUUGGUUGUGAGGAAAUUGAGUUCGACAAAUGGCAGCUGGAUGGUGUAAUCACAGCCAGCCAAAAAGCAAUUGGAUGUCCCGCAGGCCUGUCCAUCUCAAUGUAUAGUGGCCGCGCGAUCAAGUCGUUCCAGAGCAGAAAAACACCCCCUGGAUCUUACUUUGCAUCAUUCAAGAACUGGCUACCCAUUAUGCAAAACUACGAGGCGAAGAAGCCCUCGUACUUUGCUACCCCUUCACCGCAAUUAAUUCACGCUCUCCAUACCUCAUUGACCCAAAUACUGUCUAAGCCGUUAUCUGAACGCUUCGCAGCUCAUAGAGAGACAUCUCAAAAGAUUAAGAAGGCUGUUGCUGCUCUUGGCUUGAAACAGCUGGCCUCUGACCCUGCCGAUCAAGCCAAUGGGAUGACUGCCAUCUACCUUCCAGAAAAUGUUACGGCUCCAGUACUGCUUCCAAACUUGAUGAAGAAGGGCGUGAUCUUUGCUGGUGGACUGCAUAAAGAAAUCGCUGCAAAAUACAUCAGAGUUGGCCACAUGGGUGUUAGUGUGACUGACCCUAAACGUGAUGAUGUUGAUCUUGCCAUCAAAUCAUUGGAGGCUGGAUUGUUAGAUGCAGGUUACCAAAAAGCCUAA